GCUAGCUGGCUAACGUUAGCUAGGUUAGGGUUAAGUUUUGGAGUUAGGUUAAAGGGUUAAUUGAAGGGUCACAUAUUUAAAUGACUGUGCUACGUCUACUCUAAGAGAACAGGCUGCUGAGCAAUGUUAUACCACUGAAUCCAGCCAGGUCACCCGUGAUACAAGUCAGUAUUCAAAGUUUUAUUUAUUGUAUUUUAUUUAACCUUUAUUUAACUAGGCAAGUCAAUUAAGAGCAAAUUCUUAUUUACAAUGACAGCCUACCAAAAGGCAAAAGUCCACCUGUGGGGACAGGGGCUGGGAUUAAAAAUAAAUAAAUAAAAUAACAAUAUACGACAAAAUACACAUGACAAGAGCGACAACACUACAUAAAGACAGACCUAAGACGACACCAUAGCAUGGCAGAAAAACAUGAUAACACAGCAUGGUAGGAACACAACACGACAACAACAUGGUAGCAACACAACAUGGUACAAACAUUAUUGGGCACAGACAACAGCACAAAGGGCAAGAAGGUAGAGACAACAAUUCAUCACACAAAGCAGCCACAACUGUCAGUAAGAGUGUCCAUGAUUGAGUCUUUGAAUGAAGUACAGGCACAUUGCAGAUUCAGACAACGUUCAUCCAUGUCUAAGGACAUCGGGAGAUAAUGUGGACACCGACCACUAGGAGCAGCGGUGAGCGCUGUUACCUUCAAUCAGCAUUCAGUUGUGCUAGGGAAAGGUGGAUAGAGAUUGCAGAUAGGCAUAAGCAUCUGCCUCUAAUUAGCCAAAGGUUGCAAGUUGAAAUCCAGUGAGAGAAAGCUGUUUUUGAGCUUUAUGUGUGAAGCCUAUCCCAAACCUUAACCCUUACUUGAACCAUUCUGAGUUAAUGACUAACCUUAAGAUUUUGGAGCUAAUGCCUAAACUUUACCCUAACCUUAAAAAUUCAGAGUUAAUGCCUAAAUUUAGCCUUAAACACUUCAAAAUGUUAUGUUUGCAACAACUUAAAAAUGUGAUGUUUGAGAAACAUGGAUGAACGUCUAAUUUUGACGUGAGACUGUGAAAGUUCGUUGUCUGAAUCUGCACUGUGCCUGAACCUCUGUAUAUCUUGCCACAAUAUCAGUACAUUGGCUUGUUCUGUUUCCACUCCAGGAGGAUGAGACAGGCCAUGUUCUUUCUCUUGCUGGCUCUUCUAGUAACACCAUCUGGUGCCAUUGUUCCAAAAAAUCUUGCCUUGUGGGGAAAAGCUACACAGUCAGACCUUGUCGAUAACCCAUAUAACGGUUGGAGUCAUGCCUCUAAUGCCAUGUCAUGCCUCUAAUGACUGCUGCCACACAAAUAUCAACGGUGCUGAAAUUCGCAUUGGGAAAUCCUUACAGGAUAAUGGCAUUCACAACACACUAGCUGGGGUGAUUACCUCCAUUCCAGCAGGUAGAUCUCUCACUCUGAGUUGGAACAAAGGUAUUGAAGGACGUUAUGUGGCUGUGGUUCUACCAAAGACGAGCACUCUAGUACUCUGUGAAGUGGAGGUUUAUGGGUACCUCGCCCCAACUGGAAAGAAUGUGGCUCUACGGGGAAAAGCCACCCAGUCGUCAUUGCAUGGGUUUGGGUUUGCUUACAAUGCCAUUGAUGGGAACCGUGACAAUGCUAUGGAACACGGCUCCUGCACUCACACUUCUGGUGACCUUAACCCCUGGUGGCGAUUGGACCUGCUUAAUACCUACAAAGUGUUCUCCAUCACCAUCACCAACAGAAAGAAUCUUUCUUAUUCCAGCAGACUGAAUGGUGCUGAGAUCCGUAUUGGAGACUCCUUGGACGACAACAAUGGCAACAACAAUCCCAGGUGUGCUGUGAUCUCCUCUAUUCCAGCGGGCUUAUCCAGCACCUUCCAGUGUAACGGAAUGGAGGGUUGAUACAUCAACGUGGUCAUUCCAGGAAGGAAGGAGUACCUGACCCUGUGUGAGGUGGAGGUCUGUGGGUCACCACUGGACUGACAGAUCCAGAGCAUUUAUUCCUAAAACUGAACGUGAAGCGCAGGACCCACUGUUUUUUGGGCUUAAUAUGCUUAGAUAACUUAUAUGUAGGUAACAUUCUCUCUGUAAGGAAAAGCCAUGUUGAAAUACAUUUAACAGUUUAGCUUUUUACUUUCACAUGGUAAAUAUAGGUAUAGUACAUUCAUUUAGAUCCGUUUCAUUGUAACUGUACAUACUGUAACGGCUCCUAACAUUGUACUGUAUUGUAUGUUAAUGUAUUUGGAGAAGAUAAAGGGUAACGCAACACC